AUGGAUAGUAUGAAAAUGACGCAGAACGGUAACAUUUCUUCUACAAGCACUUCCCGCAUUCGUUCUCUUGGAGGAAUUAACACCAUUCGUGGAUUCAGAAUUGAUUCGCUUGACCUCCAAAAGGGCAAUAGGAUGUUAAACGCUUUGAUACUCGCAAGUGGUGAUGAAGAAGAAGAAGAGGUCCUUUUAUCCACGUGGCUGUUAUUGAAGACACAUAUACAAAGGUUAUGUCUUGUAUGUAUUUUGUAUAUCUACGGUUGGAUCGAUGCUGUCCUCUAUACUUGUUCAAAGUAUAGUGACACAUUUCUGAGCAUCAUCUUACUUGAGUGGUACUCUUCUUCUUGGUACAACACCAUUUUUGUUCCAUAUACAGCACUUAGUAAGUUCAUUGGAAUCGAACUCUUGGGCUGUACAGCAGACAAGAUCUGGUAUAUAUUUCCAAACAAGAUUUUUGACUGGUUACCCCAGUCAAUCGGCUUAAUUCUUCACCAAAAUAACUUUGACAAUGGCCCCGACGUGAACGUACCUCAGCCCUAUUUAAAUCAUGAUAAGAAAAUUGUGGUUCCAUCGAAGAAAGAGAUACAAGAAGCAAUUAAGAGUAGAAAUGAAUAUCUUACCAAGCAAAGAAUUCACCUAGCGGCUGAAGAAAUCAGAAUUUUAAGUGAGUUUACCAGAUUUGUCCUUUGGGUAAGUCUUCUUCCGAGAAAUAUAAAGUUUGUGACAAUAUUUGAACCUAAGGGUUCAAUAUGGAAAGAUGUUAAAGCCUUAAAGAGCUUAAGAGAUUCCCUAGUAGUAGAACUAAGUAGCUUCAGUACUUAUGAUGUCGGAUCACAACAGAAGACAAUUCCAAGAUUGGAAUUGAUCGACUGCUUUAGUGGGGAAAGACUAACGUUGAAUGAGAAUUGUAAGGCUCUUGACGGGAAUAAUCUCAACCCAGAAAGGGAGUUUAAGGACUCAGAAUCUAAAGAUAUCAACUUUCAGCCCGCAGGCAACGAAGAAAGUUGUCUUCACAUAUAUCUAUGUGAUGAUAGGUUGAAGACACUUCCAAUUGAAAAUUUUGACAUGCUUCCGCCAGCUCCAGAUUUGUUACUCGCUGCAAAUUGCCAAUGGAGAUUCAGGACUUUUGGCUUUUUGACAAGAUUAUCAGAAAUUGAAUUUCCACCCAACAAAGUCUAUUUUUUUGAAUCCAAGGGUAGUCUCAGCUUUAAAUUUUUCAUCAGAUCAAUUUACUAUUAUAGUGCAAGGAAUAUCAUAAAAAGCAGUGCUGACCAUUCGCAUUUGUCUGAUUCAAUGGCCAGCAUCAACUCCAACAAUUUUUUUCAUUUAUUUUUGGAAAGAUUAAGGAGCUUGAGACUAUUCGAUUUGAACUCUACUGCUUCCAAUCCUCCACUUACAAUAAGCGGAACAGAUUAA